AUGGACUCCAAGUUCGCGCCCCGCUUCUUCUAUUCUCGUCGACUUCGUCUCCAGGGCCCAGCAGCGGCCGGCGGGCUCGCUCCCCGCGCGGGCGCUGCUGCCAUGGCGCCUGCAGUGGCGGAGGCAGAGCCGGCGGCAGAUCUUGGGCGUCAGGUGGGGAUAUCGCCGGCGACACCCGACAUUGUCCGCAAGCCAACGCGGGCGUCCGGGACACCCGCUGCAGAUGGCUCUUGCUGCACUGCUCUGUACACCAGCGCGGCUGCUGGCCCCAGAAAGGUGGACAGCGAGUGCCUGGCCUCGGUGCCGUCGCAUGCCCAUGAACAUUCUCAGUCCGCCAUGCCGGAGGAUUUGGGCCAAGUGGGCUGUGAUCCGGUGGGCACGCAGGAGUCCAGCACCUUGCCUCCACUGGUGGGCGAGUCCUCUGGCAAUCUUGCACAGCAAGAGCAGCAGCAGCACCAGGAAGAAGGUGUUGCUAGUGGCAGCGAUGCAGGUGCUGCUUCUCCUCCCAUACUCCUAUUCCGGAGAAGGUCUAAUAGUGCAAGACGCAAGUUGGAUUUGGAUUCAUCAGAAAGUAAAACAUGUUUUAGCAGAGCCGAGCUGAUGGGUAACUUGAUGUCCCUUGCCAAGAUUCAUGGUUUAAACAGUGAACCGACUACGCGCAAGAGGAGCAAGAGAGGGAAGAAGAGGAAACUGAUGGUAGGACACAAGGAAAGUGGUCAGCUGGCAUUUUUGCCUUACCAGAGAACUCCAACUGUUGCGGCAUCCUUUGCACUUGAGCCACUUUGGUAUUCAACAGAACUUGAUAUCCCACGCCCUCAAAAUCAUGGGAAACUGCAAGCUAAGGUUUUGGGCCUUACUGAUGAAACAUUGAGGGUGUUUGCUGUUCUGACAGAGUGGGAUAGGAGCGACAGUGAGAGUUUUGAAGGGUUUGAUAUUGGCAGCGGACCUGAAUGGGAUACAGCACGGCGCACGUUUGAACAUUAUGUGGAUAUAUUCAUUGCUGAAAUGUUUGCCCUAAUUGGGCCUAGAAAACAUUCUCAGUGGGGAGGAUCCCUAAUUGAUUCUGUGGUUGGUACUUUUCUUACACAUAAUUCUGCUGAUAAUUUAUCAAGCCAAGCUUUUAUGAACCUAGCGGCAAAGUUUUCUCCAAGGAAGAGACACUAUAAAGCUAAUGCAACUCCAUUAGUAGAUGGUGAUGAUAAAAACGUGAACUCAAAUGAAGCAUUGGAUAUGUUUGACUUCGUCGAUUCACAUUUUGAUGGAUACGUUGAUUCUGAGGAAGAAGUUGACUAUGAUACAGAGGUGAAAGGGCAUUAUGGUGAAGAUGAAGACUACAAUAGACUUAUAGGUAAUUUCGCUGCCAGUAUGAAGCAGAAAAACAUUUCUACUUGGGACAGUGACCUUAUGAACUUAGUGAAGGAUAAAUCAGGAAAUCCAGUAUGCACUGAAAAAAACUUGAAAAGGAUCUUAGCUUCACUACAACAACAACCAGACACAGCAUCUAAUUGGAAAGAGUUAUGGGAGGAAGCAUAUAAAAAGGGAUACAAUGACAAAAGUCGAACUGAAACAAGUGAUGUUGUAGAUUGGGAAUCAGUUCUAAAUGCGCCAUUUUCUGAGGAAUUUCUCGAUCAUGUACAGAAAGCUCAAGAUGGAAGCUUUGACCUGGAUUGGCUUAGAUUUAUAUCACCUGAAAAAGCCAAAAAAAUUUUGCUCAGUAUACAUGGGUUUGGAGUGAAAAGUGUUGACUGCCUUUGCCUUUUGUCAUUGAGGCAUAGAGCAUUUCCAGUUGAUGUCAAUGUAGCUCGCAUAGUGACAAGGCUAGGAUGGGUCAAACUUCAGCCCUUAAACGGUGCUGAUUUCCAUCUAAUUAACCUAUAUCUGCUCUUGGAUGAUGUACAAAGGUACUUAUGGCCUCGAUUGUGCACCAUUGAUAAGGAAAAGCUGUAUGAACUGCACUGUCUUAUGAUAACUUUUGGAAAGGUAGUGUGCACAAAACAAAAUCCAAACUGCAGAGCUUGUCCUUUCAGUGCAAGUUGUAUAUAUUACAAUAGUUUACUUGCCAGAAAGCCGCUUCCUCUUCCAGAGAAGCAUGAACAUGAACAAGGAGAACAGCAAGCAAGCAUGGUUGUUUCUGGGAGUUGCACACCAAGUUCUCAACAAAUGUAUCAGUAUCAAAUUCCAAUAAGCAGCACUACUGAAACACCACCCAUCCAUAAUUGCGAGCCAAUUAUUGAGAUGCCACCAAGCCCAGAAUAUGAAUACAACAGAACACCUAAUGAGCAAGAAGAUUCCUACGAAGAUUAUUAUGCAUGUGAUAUUGAAGAUUUUGCACCAGAAGGAGUACAAUACGUCCUCCCAGAUGAUCAUCUAAUCCUAGAAGAGUUCGAAGACAGAGUUCCAGAAGAUAAAUGUCCUUACCUACUAGUGGUUCUUUCUUGUCCUGAUGACUACACAGUGGAAGGCACGGUUCUGAUACCAUGUCGGACAGCAAAUAGAGGAAAGUUUCCGCUGAAUGGUACCUACUUCCAGGAAAAUGAGGUUUUUGCAGAUUACUCGUCUAGCCGAAACCCAAUAACUAUACCUAGGGAAUGUAUUGGGAUGCUGAAGAGAAGCGUUGUAUACUCAAUCACAAAAGGUCAAACAAGGGAAGAUAUCCAGGAAUGCUUCAAGGAAGGUGUCAAGUGGCUCUGA